AUCCGCACCUUAUGCACCUGCGUGACAGAAUGGCGAGAAAAUCCUUUUCAGUGAAUCCAUCCAUUCACACAUUCUAAGCGUUGCCUUCACCUGCUCACUCACUCUUCUAGACGUCUCUUCACCAAUUUAGCCGUUUGUCUGUAUUAUAGUAUAGGUUAAAGUUGACGUUGCUGCUGAUUGAGUCUGAUAAGAUUGUGUACGUUUUUCUUAGCGCACGCAAUUACGCAAGCAGCAACUGUCACUUUUCUCUUCAUGCCUUCUUUAGUUGCGCUUUGGUAAUGGGCUGCGGAAGCAGCAAGGUGCUGCCCGAAAGCUCGGUUAAAAACGGUUACGUGAGCUUCGUGAAGUCGGUAGUGGGCUACAGUCACAAAAGAAAAGGGUUAGAUGAUGAGCUACAGAAUUAUAAAGGGACGCAGAAAGACUUUUGGAGUGUUGUUCAGAGCAGUGGAGGUACGGGCACACAGGCGCUGUCACGCAUUCUACUGCCGACGGGCCAGGAUGGGCAGAGGCACAACAAAGUGGCCAAGUACAAGGCGAAGUUUGAUCCCAGAGUCACAGCAAGGUAUGAUAUCAAGGCCCUGAUUGGUAGGGGGAGCUUCAGCCGGGUGGUACGCGUCGAGCACCGAGCCACCCGCCAACCCUUCGCCAUCAAGAUGAUGGAGGUGGAGGCCAGGGAAGGGCGAGAGGUGUGUGACUCGGAGCUGGGGGUGCUACGCAGGGUCAGCCACCUCAAUGUGGUGCAGCUGGUGGAGGUGUUCCAGUCGCCCCAGAGGGUCUACAUGGUUCUGGAACUGGCCACAGGUGGGGAGCUGUUCGACCGUGUCAUCGCUAAGGGCCACUUCACCGAGCGUGAUGCCACCAGAGCCCUGCAGAUGACAUUAGCCGGGGUGGGGUAUCUUCAUUCUCUGGGCAUCACACACAGGGACCUGAAACCUGAGAAUCUGUUGUACUACCACCCUGGAGCCGACUCACGCCUGCUGGUGACUGACUUUGGGCUGGCCAGCUUUGGGAACAGGGACCCUGGAGGGGGUAAGGAUGGAGGUGGAGAUGGAGUGGGCAGUGGAAGUGGAGAUGGGGGCUGUGGAGUUGGAGAUAAUGGAGUUGGAAGAGGCAGUGGAAGGGGUGGAAGUCUAUGUGGAGUUACAGGUGGUAAGGUAGCAAAUAGGGAUGGUAAGGGCAGCUGUGAUAGAAGGGAUGGAAAAGGCAGUGGAAGAGAUGGAAGAGGGGAUGGAGGAGGUGGCGGUAGAAGAGACUGGUCCAUGACGACCACUUGUGGGACGCCAGAGUACAUGGCCCCAGAGGUGGUCUUGAGGAUGCCCUACUCCUGCCAGGUGGACAUGUGGGCCCUGGGGGUCAUAGCCUACAUCCUACUCAGUGGUUCCAUGCCCUUCGAGGACGACAGCCGGCCCAGACUCUACAGAGCCAUCCUCAGGGGAAGGUACAGCUUCCACGGAGAGCCCUGGCCCUCUGUUUCCAACCUGGCUAAGGACUUCAUCGAGCGCCUCCUAGGGGUGGACCCUUCAUCUCGCCUCACCGCCAUCCAGGCCCUCCGCCACCCCUGGGUGGUCACUAUGUCAGCAAGCUCCUCGUCCAUGACCAACCUGCAUCGCUCCAUCUCCCAGAACCUCCGGCGGCGGGCGUCUCAGGCCUCCGUACCCUCCUCCUCGUCAUCCUCCCGAUGCCCCAGCAGCACAGGCUCUGGGGCCAGCCACAGUCGAUUUACACAUCAGUGGGAGAAAGAUCUGCUGGAGAAGAAGCAAACCCAGAGACCCACCACCCAGAACCAGAGACGACAGCCAGGGAACCAGGUUACGACCCAGUCUCUAAGACCCACCUCCCAGCCCAACAAGCCCCCUGAGCAGGUUCAGCCAGCGGUCUCCACCACCACCACCCAGCCAGGGUCGCCCUGACAAAAACCCAGUCACAGUCAGGCUAAUAUCAGCAGCACAACAGCUGUUCAGGCUAAGUCUGCUGUCUUACUGCUGCAGACAUCGGCGCGGCUCCCAAAUGGCACCCUAUUCCCUAUUUAGUGCACUACUUUGACCAGUGGUGUCUGUGGGUCAGGCUGAGGCUUUAGCCUGUUCUGUUGCUGCCACUCUGUCUUAGUUAGAGACCCAUGCUCAGCUAUACACUCUGAUUCCUCUCAGGCUACCUCAAUACUUGGUUGCUCACAAACACGCCACACAGACUGAGGCUUUUCCUAAGACAGUACGAUCUCCAACCCCAACAUAGAUUAUCAGACUUUGCCUUAAAGAAUAGGCAAAACAUCAGAUCAUUUUUAAGGUGUCGUUUAAGUGAAACUCUAGUACAGGCCCUAUUUUCUUUCAGGAACAAAAAGGGUUAAGUAAAUAAGUAUGAGUGAAACUCUGCGGGAUGGGGCUUGACAGGCAGUGGUACACUACCUCUUGAAACACCCAGCUCUGUAACAAUGUAAUAAACCAUCAUCAAUAUUUAAAUUGACUACCUGAAAACUUUAUUUCAAAUCCAAAACGUUCUCGGAAAAGGCUAUGCAGAGAGGAAAACAAAAAUAAAAUCAAAGUUUGAAAGUGCAUUAAAAUGCAAAUAGGAUGGGAAGAAUAAUUGCUCCAUUUCAUCUGGCAUUAUCACAAAUUAUAUUCAUGAUUUUUUGUGUUUUGUAUUCAUCUUGGUGAUUCAUGUUCUCAGUUGAAGAUGACUUGGGGUACGUGCAAAAUGGCACUCUAUUCCCUAUAUUGUGCACUACUUUUGACCAGAGCCCUAUGGUUCCUGGUCAAAAGCAGUGCACUAUAAAGGGAAUAGGGUGCCAUUAGGGACUCAGUCUUGCUGUCUGACUUACUUGGCUAGUUUCCACUUUGGAGAGGAGAGGUGAUAGUAAAACUUAUAGAGGACAAUGGGUCCAUAUCACUGAUGCUGGUUCAAUGAUGGAGUCAGAUGUAACAUAUAGCCUAUUUGUGUGGAAAGGCCUCCCUACAUCACCUCUUUACGCCAGUGAAUGGUUGUAAAUAUAAAUAUGAAAUCUAAUCUGCCUGCCACCUGCAUGUUUGUUUUCUUAGUUUCUGCAUCCUUUCUCUAAUUCUGACGUAAGGUGAAAUAAACUGUAUAUUACUCCAACAAGUUAAUGUAACAAAAGUUUUUAAUCAAAUUAACAUUUUUCAUCCCCAUGUUUUGAUGAUAUAUAAUGAUCUGUAUUAUUUGUCCACAAGGUGAGCACCCUGUGGCAUGGGUGAAUGAAUGCAUCUCAUGCAGAAAUUAUGAGAGGCACUAAUGUGUGUUCUUCUAUUGUCCCUUGGUGUUGAAUUAUCUUUCCCAUCACAGGCUCAAGGGUCUAAGAGUGAGUAGACUUCUUGAGUUGCUUUAAGCACAUCCAUCAUUUAUACUUUGGAUUGACAAUAGAUGUGAUGGCACUCUUGUAUAUUGGGUUCUCACCCUGUAAUGGAAUAGAGGAACACUAUCGGUACAUAUAUGAUCCCCAAUAAUUUCUCCCACCCUAAUUCACAGACAGUGAAGAGACAAUAUAGCUAAUGUACUGUAUAUUCUUGUGAGUCUGGUGAAACACUUUCCCUGAUACGUCUGAACAGUAGCUUCCAACCCUCCAUGGUGUCUACAGCCACAUCAGGGCAAGCCAGACACUGAGAAUAGGCCUACGUCCCAAAUGACACCCUAUUCUCUAUAUAGUGCUAGGGGGCCUGGUCAAAAGUAGUGCACUAUAUAGGGAAUAGGGUGCCAUUUGGAAUGGAGCCUAGGCCUGAUGUCAGAGGGCAUAGCAGGGCGAGCAGGACUCGCAAUUAGCCAGGUCAUCCCUCCCAGUUCUUUCUGGAAGCGGGCGAACUCUCUCUGGACGUGGAUGGAAGUGAGUCGUUACCAGAGCAGUACAGAGACCAAACCCAGGACCACCAUGGAGCCAGACACCACUGCAGUCACCAGAACUACAUCAGCACCUGACAGGCACUCUGGGAGGAAGAAAGUAAGAUCAAACAUUAAAGACACAACCUCCCAUUUCAACAGCCUCACUUUGCCACUUUGAAGAAGCAAUUGGUACAGCAGGGAUUAUGCAGGAAUUAUGACAGAGAGUGGCUUUAACGAUUACUAUCUUUGACAAUAGAGGUUUUACUACCUCACUUUAGGGCUGCGUGAAUGUGGGCAAAUCUCUGUCUCUGUCUGGCCAGAUACAAGUAGAGAACCAAGCACCCGUCUGUGUCCCUCUCCUUACAUCUGUGGAAACCGUUGGAGGGGUGGUGGUGUUCAGAGGCAAGGGGUAGCUGACCAGGUUGCUUCCCCACCAGGGUAAGGUUCAGGUGGGCACAUCUCCUCUGACACUCCCUCUCUGACAGACCCUGGUAAAAGGCCAGACACAGGAUGCAAUCCCUGUGGAGGGAGGAAAGUAGGAUCGACCUAUGAUGCAAAGUUGAAAAGCACGAUGGUUGACCUGACUGAGGAACUAUUUCACUUCCGUUUUCUCUUUCUGUAUUGCUAGGUGAUUAUAUGUAUGUUUGAUGUGUCUCUCUUUAAUGAAUACUUGUAUGUAAACAUUUAACAUUUUUGUCAUUUAGGAGACGCUCUUAUUCUGAGCGACUUACAGUUAGUGCAU